CAAGUUGCUCUUCUAUCUUUGUCCCGCCGCAUGCUUUUCUUGCUCUGCAUCUAUAACAUUGCGAGUUGCUAUCUCACACCUUCUACAAAUACAAGCUAGAGAGGCUUCUUUCCUCGAGUUUGGUGCUAGUUGUCGAGCUCCUUUUACCUCUCAGUUCCAUAAUUGAAGCUCUGUCGACUGCCAAAGAUUGCCGUUUUCACGGUUUCGUACCCUUUAAUUUAAUCUUUGCUUUUUUUCGGAAAAGCAAUGCGAUAAGGAUUGAGCAAUUUUGAUUUUGGACGGGAGGAGCUCAGGGUUUAGAGCACUUUUCAUUCAACUUCUCCCAUGGAAGCCGCCAUUCUCAGCUCCUAUACACCGCUUUCCACAACGGCGGACCUCAGGAUUAGAGGAAAGUUUGCUGGAUGUAAUCUCCAUCUCUAUAAUUUGCCACUGAAUAGAAUACGCAUUCCUCUCAAGUUAAAAUUUUCUGAAUCGAGUAGAAGACACUUUUCUUCACGAAAGGGGCUGAUAUUGUCUCAUGGAAAGAAAGAAUUGUCCAGCUAUUUCACCCAUCAACUUUCAAGCGACUAUACAAGUAUCAGGGCAGCAUCAGGAGAAACGCUACAUUAUGGACAGUCUUCAUCAGUAAAUGAAGAUGAGGGAGUGUCACCAACAUCUACAGAUGCCAACGAAUUUGUGUCCUUGCAGCCUAAGCAGAAGCAAUUUAGAAAUAGAUUCUUGAACUUUGUAAGAUUGGGUUCCGUCAUUGAUAAUGCUGCUGAGUCUUUUUUCAAGAGUGAGAUAAGGAGAAGGCUGUUUGUGACUGCCAUCUUGAUUGUCAUUAGUCGUAUAGGAUAUUUCAUUCCUCUUCCAGGAUUUGACAGGAGGUUGAUUCCAGAAGACUAUCUCAGCUUUGUCUCGAGAUCUGUUGAUCAACUGGGUGAUUCCACUCCAGAACUUAAACUUUCUCUUUUCCAACUUGGGGUUAGUCCUCAGAUAGCGGCAUCCAUUCUUAUGCAGGUAUUAUGUCACGUUCUUCCGUCUUUAGUGAAGCUGAGAAAAGAGGGCUUAGAUGGGCAUGAGAAGAUCAAGAGUUAUAUAUGGUGGAUCUCGCUUGGGUUUGCAAUUUUGGAAGCUCUUAUUCUCUCUUGUCACUCACUUCCAUAUUCAAUAUAUGCUGCCAAUCAUAGGGUUAAGCAUGUGUUGAUGACUAUGUCCCUUUUAGUUUCUGGUGCAAUGACUAUGUCAUGGAUCUGCGACAAAAUAACAGAGUCUGGAUUUGGUCAAGGAUCAACUUUGAUUAUUUGUGUGGGCAUUUUGACUGGCUACACAGAUACUUUGCAGAAAAUGUUAACUCAAAUAUCAGGAAGUAGCGGGAACUGGUGGCUUUAUGUACUUGCAGUACUAGGUGUUUUUACUGUUGUUACAAUGUGGGCUGUCGUUGUGAGUGAAGGGUGCCGGAAAGUUAAGCUGCAGUAUUAUGGUUUUAAAGUUGCUUCUGCUGCAAGAGAAGAUUCUCCUGUUCCAGUGGUGGAGCCCUAUAUCCCAUUCAACAUAAAUCCAGCAGGAAUGCAGCCUAUCCUUGUUACCUCUUAUCUGUUGGCACUUCCCGGCAUCCUUGCAAGUCUUCUUGGUUCAAGGUUUUGGGAACACAUCAGAGACACUUUGAAUCCUGACACUUCUCAUGGGGCAGAUCCGUGGGUUUACUAUAUAAUUUAUGCUUUCUUUGUCUUCCUCUUCAACAUAUUUGACAUUGCGAACAUGCCAAAAGAAAUUGCUGAUUACUUAAACAAGAUAGGAGCUAGAAUUCCGAGUAUAAAGCCUGGAAAAGCCACAAUUGCAUAUUUGACAAAGAUCCAAGCUUCAACGCGGUUCUGGGGUGGUCUGUUAUUAAGUGUUUUGGCCACCACAUCCACCAUUCUAGACCAUUAUUUGCGUCGCAUCAAUGAAGGAUAUGCAAUAGGAUUGACAUCAGUGCUAAUAAUUGUAAGUUCAUGGUUUUCAGGCAUGCAUAGUUUCUUUCUGAGGAUACACAUAUUCCUUUCCCUCCUGCCAAUAGGCUCUCUAACCCAAAGGUCAAGGGAAAAGCAAAUGAAAAAAGAGGAACAAAAAGAAUGUGAUGUGGAUACCUUAACUCACUCUUUUUGACAUCAGUACUAGUGAUUGUAAUUUCAUUGUUUUCAGGCAUGAAUAGUUGCUUUCUGAACACACAGAUCUCCCUCACUGGCCGCUCCCCCACCAAUUAAGCUCUCUAACCUCAAAAGAGCAUGAUGCGGGUGCCUUUACUUAAUCUGUUUCAAGCCGAUUUGAUUAGCUAAUAUCUCUUGCGUCUACACAUUUUAAUCUAUCGGGGUACUGAUUGAUAAGCAACCAAUAAGUUUUUUGACACCCUCAGUUAUGCACUUGGAAUUGAUCUCUUCUUGUUCCUUGGAGAAGUUGAUUGUUUCAUCAAUUGUCCAGCAGUGGCAUAAACCUACUGUUGGAUUGCUCUAUAUGAGAAUUGAAUCUAUAUUCAGUCAGUCGGGAGUUAUCCCAAUUCACACCCCAAGUCCCUUGGUCCUUUUAAAACGAAUGGUACUCCAUGAAUUGAUCCUGAGCCAACUGUGCAUCAAUUAUUUUGGUCCUCCAAAUAUCUCGUUCGCCCUAUUUUAACCCUCCAUGAUACCAUAUAUAUGUGCUAUGAAUUCAACUCAAACAGUGAUUGUCUCUAUGCUGUGUGGGCUAUCCAUUAUCGUAUCACUGUCAAUCUCCUAGUCUUGUCAAUUCCUUCUAAGAGGAAUGUUCCUGUAGUUAUGUGCUCUAUAUUUAGAUAUAUAUGCAGAAUGUUCCUGUAGUUAUCUGCUUUAUAUUAUGGUUUACAUGCAUCAUGUUGUGAAGCUAUAUUGUAAAUAGCAGGGAAUCCAUUCCCUCAUCUUUCAGAGGGCUGUGACCUCGCCUUGCAUCAGGCAAAAAUUUAAUCUUCUGUCCAUUGCAAUGUCAUAAUGUAUUUAUAUUGAGGGGUUGAUUGGUAAAUUAUUAUAAGUUUCACAAGGCAAAUAUGGAAUUUUUCUACUGUUUCAAAGGACUAAUAGUAGUGGCAAGCAUGGCUUUAACGGUAAUGAGGUAAUUCACAUGAUUUUUGACUCCACAAUGAGGGGAUAUCUAUUCAUAAAGCAAUGGAAGUAAACUGCAACUGAAACCACAAGGAGGUAAUAUUUUAACCCAUAAACUUAUAUAGGCAGAGUUUUCAGGUAGAGAGCAAACUCAGAUUCAAAGCUAAACAGUUUUUCUGAAGUUGUCUGGUUAUUUUUACCAACUUAGUAGAAAUCACUGUUAUUAUACUCAUGGGAAUGUAGUAGAAUGGUUAUUGUCAUUCAGAUGUCGUAUUGAAAUAUUUCUUCCUGCCUUCUGCU